GUCCUCUAAGUUAGUUUGCUUUCUGUUUAAUUGCCCUUAAAACACAUACUCUCUCACAUAGCACAGAAGGUGAGAGCUGAAGGAAGUUUGCUGGGUAAGCAGAGCGCAAGCUGCAAGUCAGCCUUUGUACGAUGAACAAGAUCCGAAAGUUUUUCCGAGGAAGUGGGCGAGUCUUGGCAUUUAUAUUUGCAGCGUCUGUCAUCUGGUUGCUCUUUGACAUGGCAGCUCUCCGCCUCUCAUUCAGUGAGAUCAACGCAGGGCUACUCAAAGAAGAUAUCAUAAGGAGGGAACAUACGGGAUUCAGAGUUGAGCCAGACCAAGUGAAGGUCCUUUACACCAGCAUCAGAGGGAUGGGGCUGCCUCGGAAUGGAGCGUGGGGUAAGGAGAACUUUAGAAAAGCUGAGAACCAUGAACUCAAGGUUGAGGAGAAUAUGGACCAAGUCCAGAGGAAAGGGAAAAUGCAGAACCUCCUGGGAAGGAGAAAGGCUGUGCCUUUGUGGCAUCUUGCACAUCUGCAAACCCUCCCAGUGACAAUUCCCAUGCAGAAGACCCAGGGGAGAGAUAGCAAGCCUGAAGUCUCCUCCCAAUACAUGAUGUCCAAGUGGAUGACAGUGUUAGAGUCUGAGAAGACCCCAUUCACAGCUUCAAGAGGAGUUCCAUUGACCAAAAUAGCAGGACGUACAGAAACCUUCGAUAAAAAACAAGAGGCCCCCCAAAAUUAUAAUGUCAGCAGCGAUACAUCAAAGCAAGCAUCUGAAAGGACCCUGAAUAUGACCAUCAGUGUCAAGACUGAUAGAUCAAAGCAAAAAUCACAGACAGUAACAAAAUUGAGGAUGCACUUUGCCAGCCCACCAAUCCUGAAAUCUGAGGAAGUCACAGUCAUAAAGAAAGCUGAGGCUCAGAGCAAAGACCUAAAACAUGAAGCCCUUAAAGCGCUACCACUUCUUAAGUUCAUUGCAGAUAUGGGUCAUUUAAAGAACCAAUCUACAAAUGAGACACAGUUGGGAAGAUUGCCAGAAGAUGAUGCAGCCAAAGUGGCGCCAGGGAAGAAACUUAAUUUCUCUGAAAGUCAUGUUGUGAUUAUAACUAAAGAGGAAGAACUGAAGACAGACACCAAAGAGGUACCUAAUUCUAAAACCCAAACUGUGUUUCCUAAAUUACUGGGUGGAAGUCCACAUAAACAAAUCCCCAGAAAUCAAAGCAAGACGUCAUCCUCUCCCCCAGCUCUGAAGAAAGCAGUGUCUCAGUCCAAGCCCACCAUAUCUGGGGGACUCCAUACAGCAAGAAGCAACUUGACUGCCAAGGCUCCAACUGUGGGAUACCAGCAAAGCCAUGCAAAUAUCCCUGAAAACCCUGGAAUGCACCACGUGUUCAGAAUUGAUGUGACCCUUUCUCCAAGGGAUCUCAAUGCUCCGGGUCAGUUUGGGCGCCCUGUGGUUGUUCCCCCUGAGAAGAAGAAGGAGGCCGAGCAGAGAUGGAAAGAAGGAAACUUCAAUGUCUACCUUAGUGAUUUGAUUCCAGUGGACAGAGCCAUUGAAGACACAAGGCCUGCUGGGUGUGCAGAGCAACUAGUUCACAAUGACCUCCCAACCACCAGCAUCAUCAUGUGCUUUGUAGAUGAGGUGUGGUCCGCUCUACUGAGGUCUGUGCACAGCGUCCUCAACCGCUCCCCUCCACACCUCAUCAAGGAGAUUCUGCUGGUGGAUGACUUCAGCACCAAAGAAUACCUCAAAGCUGAUUUGGAUAAAUACAUGUCUCAAUUUCCAAAAGUUCGGAUUCUUCGCCUGAAGGAGAGACAUGGCUUGAUCAGAGCGAGGCUGGCUGGGGCACAGAACGCAACAGGUGAUGUGCUGACAUUCCUAGACUCUCAUGUGGAGUGUAAUGUGGGCUGGCUGGAACCUCUACUGGAAAGAGUUUAUUUAAAUAGAAAGAAAGUGGCCUGUCCAGUAAUUGAAGUCAUAAAUGACAAGGACAUGAGUUACAUGACAGUGGACAACUUCCAAAGAGGUGUCUUCACCUGGCCCAUGAACUUUGGCUGGAAAACAAUCCCUCCAGAUGUUGUUGCAAAAAAUGGAAUUAAAGAAACAGAUAUAAUAAGGUGCCCAGUCAUGGCAGGUGGAUUAUUUUCCAUUGACAAAAGUUACUUUUAUGAACUUGGAACAUAUGACCCUGGUCUUGAUGUUUGGGGAGGAGAAAAUAUGGAGCUAUCAUUCAAGGUCUGGAUGUGUGGUGGUGAAAUUGAGAUCAUCCCCUGUUCCAGAGUGGGCCACAUAUUCAGAAACGACAAUCCAUAUUCCUUCCCCAAAGACCGUAUGAAGACAGUGGAACGGAACCUGGUGCGGGUUGCUGAGGUUUGGCUUGAUGACUACAGGGAACUCUUCUAUGGCCAUGGGGAUCACCUCAUAGACCAAGGGCUGGAUGUGGGCAACCUUACCCAGCAAAGGGAGUUGCGGAAGAAGCUGAAAUGCAAAAGUUUCAAGUGGUACUUGGACAAUGUCUUUCCUGACUUGAAGGCGCCCGUUGUGAGAGCUAGUGGUGUGCUUAUUAAUAUGGCCUUGGGCAAGUGCGUUUCCAUUGAAAAUAUCACAGUCACCCUCGAGGACUGCGAUGGGAGCAGCCAGCUUCAACAAUUUAAUUAUACCUGGGUAAGACUUAUUAAGCACGGAGAGUGGUGUGUGGCACCCAUCCCUGAAAAAGGAUCCCUGACACUGUACCAUUGUGACAACAGAAACAACAGGCUUAAAUGGCUGCACAAAUCAGCAUCUGCCUUCCAUCCAGAACUGGUGGAUCACAUUGUUUUUGAAAACUAUCAGCAGUUAUUAUGUAUGGAAGGGAAUUUCUCUCAGAAGACCCUGAAACUGGCUGCUUGUAACCCAAUGGAACUGCAACAAAAGUGGAAAUUUGAAAAAUACUACGAAGUCUAAAGAAAAAUAAUUUAUCAAUUUAAGCCACUAGGUUCUGUGAAAAUAACACCAAAUUUGCUGACUGAAUUUCUCUCCAUAGUAGCUUAAAUUUUCCAUUUUAAUAGCAUUUGAAUGGAAGGCUUUUGAAAAUGACUACAUUUGAAUCACCAGACAAUAACUCAGGGAACCAAGCUGCCAUUGGGCUGCUGCUCUUCAGCUUUGGGUGGCCUUUGGAAGUGUCUGUAUCCCGCCCUUGCUGAAGUGCAUAGUGCAAGCCUUCCUCACAGACUCUCACAGGUAACCAGAAUGAAAAACAUGUACUGAUGUCAUGCCCAUGACUGCUGUCACAGCCCAUGAGCAGAGCUAAACCCAACCAUGUUCUGAUUUCAUCAAAUUCAUCUGCUUGGAUUCCCACACCUGGGAGGCCUAGCUAGCUGCAGAGACAUCACCUUGUUGAAAUAUCUUCAAUGUUUACCCGGCAGAAUGUAGCAGUCAUAUGAGUUCUCCGUGACCCCUCCCAAUGGAGGUGUUGAUCUGGAUGACCAGUCUUCUUAAUCUUAAGCUGGGGGGGGGGGGCAGGGAUUUAAUUGAAAAGGAGGAAGCCUUAAUGCACUUCAUUCUAUGUAUUGUUUCAGUUCACUUUUUGCUCUUUAAUAAUGGUACAUUUUUUUAAACCUGAUCAUAGCAGUAAUCUAUUAGAUUUUUGUUUUCUUCAGGUAAAGAAGGAGAAGCAAUUGAAUCCCAACAUGCUGUAUUAGCAAAACAAACAAACAAACAAACAAAACAAAACAAAACAAAAAACAAACAAACAAAAAAGCGUGCUUAACCAUUGAACAUUCCCACACAGAGUUAAAUGAGAGAAGUUGAUAUAAUUAAAGCAGAGAUGAUUCUGAACAGUAGGAAAGAACUUAAAAUAUGAAGACAAUAAAAAUACUACUUUAGAUUUACCAAUAGUCACUUGGAUGGAGUAUUCUGAGAAAUAGAUUCUAAACCAUGCCAAAGCAGGUGCAGAUUUAAAAGGAGGAGAUGCUAUAAGCAACUUUGACGGUUGGAGAUGGAUGAAGGCUUGUCCCAGACCUGACAGAAGAAGACAGGGGGUAAAAGUGCUUCUGAUGGGGAAAUAGAGAACACAACCCUUACUUACAUGGACCUGAGGAUGGCACAGGCCAGCUGUGGGAAGCUGGAUGUUUGCAUAUCUGAACUGAUUCUCAUGUUAAGUAUAGCAAUCCUUAGGUAUUGCUAAAGAACACUUAGAGACCAGGGUCUGCUGCAAUCCUUUUGUUAAGAAAAUAGGUGUUAGUCGACAGAUUACCUAUCUGAUAACUCUCACAGGCCAGUUGUGAAGAACAGGGUAAGAAUUCAGAUCUCUGGGUGUGAAUCUCUCUAUUGUUUGUACCAUGAGCCAUCGUACACCAUUGCCCGUAGAGGUCAUCCAAAGGACAUAACUUCCUGAAGCUGAGCCUUGCAGCAUGGCCUUGCCUGCCUGUGCCUGAUGAUGGAUUUAAGUCUUUGUUCACCUGAAAUCAGAGUAUUUUUGCUCUGGUUUCCUAUUUGACAUUUUAUCUUCCAAUUAAUUAUAAACAAGCAUGACUCUCUGUGAAUAAUGAGAAAGGAAACAUUUUUCCUUUACCAUUACAGCAUACACAGCAUAUUUAAGAUUUCUCAUUCCAGGAACUGAUGAUAAGAGAAUAAUUUCAAAAUGAGGUAAUUCUUACCAAAACAGCCAUAUGAAGAGAGAAAAGCCACACGUCCUUGACAAUAGACUGAGUUGGUGACCAGACGGUACAAAAUGUCUGUUCAUGUCACUCAGUCACUUUCAUGUGACUGAGACACCUUGACUGUGCCUCUGUUCAUUGGUCUGCAGAGCAUGUAUUUUAUCCAAGAACAGUUUACUCAAGGAAAAAUCUUUUUAGCAAAAGAUGAGCCAUGCUUUGGCUAGAUCCACCCUUGGAUAUGAAGAAAGUAAAUUGUUUUGUUGUUGUUGUUGUUGUUUUUGUUUUCCCACAAGAGAACUUUCUGUAGCCUCUGCUCUAUGCACUAUCUAACUGUACCUUGACAUAUCUGUUAUAUAAAGCUACCUCUGAGGACCGUCUAUA